AUGUUCAACAAGACCAUAUUUUUGCUAUUUCUAUUGAUUAUUUCGUUUGACUUUACCGAUUCUCGCAAAUAUACAUUGACUCGUCCUGAUUAUAUGAAAGACUCAUGUGGGAUCUUCGGAAAACUUAAGGCCAGAUUGUGCACUCCAAAUAUCAUUGAAAAUAUGUGGUUGAAUUUCAAAUAUCUUUUUGCUACCGAAGCAGCCAAAGAUUUGAAAUUUGAAGAUUUGAAAACUGUUUGUCAAGAAAAUAUUGAUUGCAUGAAUCGAACCGACUGCUAUAAAGAAUUUCAUCUUUAUGAUACUUUGGAUGACUGUGUCAAUUCAAGAUUUUUCACUGGACCAUACGCGAGUUGUAAAACUGAAGUAAGUCAUACUGAUUUAAUUGAAAUAAUCUCUCAUAUUAUUUUCAGUUGUAUCGCAAAAACAAAAAAGAACCACAAAAUGUUCCAAAAUGCUUGGCAACAUAUUUGGAUAGCAUGAAUGCGACAGAUUGUGAAACAUUGAAAUCGAACGCAGCUUGUGUUUUGCCAGAGAUCAAGAAGUAUUGCGAUCCAAGAAUUUUGAAAUUAUUCGAACAAAAUCAUGACUACAGAAUGUACAAUAGACGGUGUGAUGGGAGAUUGAAGGUCAAAGAUGAAUAA